UGAGUUCCCCUCCUCUCUUUUCUUUCCUUCCCUCUCCCUUUCCCUUUUAUCUGUUCCUUCUUCCAUGGCUUUCUGGUUCUCUUCUUUAAGACAUAGAAACGAAACGAAACGAACCGAGCCUAGAUCGAUGUCUCAGGUAGAAGGAAACAAACCUCUCUUAUCUAAUCGGUAUAUUUGAACCCUUUAUACUUCCAUUAUCAACUGUUCUGUAUAUAUUUUGUAUACGGAUCUGCUAUUACGAUCUCUGGUUCUGUAAUUUGGAAGUGUUUCGAGCCUUUUCUCACGUGGUAUUCGAGGUGGAUGUUGUGGAAGAUCCUUUCCUAAAAGGAGCGCUUCAGGAGACUAUAAUGUUUGAGUUUGGGGAGAAAUCGUAAGCGCUACAGGAAAUGCCGAGGCAGAAUCGAAGCAUCGAGGGUCUGAUUGGAGGACACUGUAAGAUCCGGAAACGAUGUUGCUCUUCUUCAUCAUCUUCGUCAUCGUUAGUACAGAAUUACCGUUUCAAGAGGGCGAUUUUGGUUGGGAAGAGAGGAGGAUCGAGUACCCCUGUUCCCACAUGGAAGUUGAGAUCAAGAUCUUCUUCUGUGGUCGGAAUUGAAGAAUCCCCGAAAUACCCGCCGUCGCGGAGCGGUGGUAAAGGAAAUCUACCGCCUGUUUCGGCCCGGAAGCUCGCCGCUACUCUGUGGGAGAUGAAUGAGAUCCCUUCUCCUCGAAUGAAAGAGGACGCUUCGGAUGAGAGAAGAGUCCUUAAGAAAGAGAUGAGAGGCAGAGAAAGGCACUCCAGGUCAGUCCUGUCGGGUUCUCUCCCUCCACAUUUGUCCGAUCCAUCCCAUAGCCCUGGUUCGGAGAGGAUGGACCGUUCAGGAACUGGGAGUCUCCGAAGAAGAUCAUCCGGCAUUUCUCAGAAGCUUCGGCCGACUGAUCACAAUGUUGGAUAUUUUGACUCUCUGAGCAAUGCCAGUUUGAUGGAGAUCGAUACACGAUCUCGAGGGAUUACUCCAACAGGGUCCGUCUUGGGAAGCAAGAACCGUUUGAAGGAUCUCAGCAAUGGUCUCACCACAUCUAAGGAGCUACUGAAAAUACUUAACCGGAUUUGGGGUCUGGAAGAGCAGCAUUCCUCAAGCAUGUCUCUUGUCUCGGCCUUGCGUGUGGAGCUCGACCGUGCUCGAAUCCAGGUUGAACAGCUGAUCCAUGAACAGAGGUCUGAUUAUAAGGAGAUUAAUUAUCUUAUGAAACGUUUUGCCGAAGAGAAAGCAGCUUGGAAGAGCAAGGAACAAGAAAGGAUCCAAGCUGCAAUUGAUUCCGUUGCAGGGGACCUUGAAAUGGAGAGGAAGCUCAGGAGACGAGCUGAGGGCUUGAACAAGAAGCUCGGGAUGGAAUUAGCUGAUACCAAAUUAUCUCUCUUAAAGGCGAUCAAAGAACUCGAGAGCGAGAAGAGGGUAAGGGAGGUAGUGGAAGAAGCGUGUGAAGCGUUGGCCAGGAGUGUCGGAGAAGACAAGGCUGAGGUGGAAGAAUUGAAGAGAGAGUCUGCCAUGGUUCGGGAAGAGGUGGAAAAGGAAAGAGAGAUGCUUCAAUUAGCAGACGUAUUGCGUGAGGAAAGAGUCCAGAUGAAGCUGUCAGAGGCCAAGUUUCAGUUCGAGGAGAAAAACGCCGCCGUGGACAAGCUGCGGAACGAGCUCGAAACCAUUCUGAAAUCUAAGAAGGCUGCCAAGGAGAAACAAGUAGUUGGGUCUAAUGUAAUUAAUUCUCGUCUGGGUUAUUAUCAGAAUGAGGAAGGAUACGAUGAAGGUGAAGUAGAAGAAGAAGAGGAGGAAGAAGACGAAGAAGAAGAAGAAGAGGAAGAGGAAGAGGAAGAUGACUCUGCUGAAAGUGAUCUUCAUUCGAUAGAGCUGAACAUGGACAACACAAGCAAGGGCUGCAAGUGGAGUUACGCUACAGGAGCUACUAUUACUACUACUAAAGAAGAUCCAAAAAGGGUUUCAGUUGAGGAAGAAAUUAGGGGAAGGAAGUCCAUAUCUGAGAAGAUGCCCCGUGGGAGUGGAGGUAGCUCUCUUGAAAGGAGUAUUUCGGAUGGAAUUGAAUGGAAUCUGAGAAGUGAGAAUGGUCAGAAUUCAGAAGAUGGGAUUGUAUGGGGGAUCUUCUCAGAACUGGAAAGGGAAAUUCCUAGACAACAUUACGAAGAUGAAACACAGAGAUACAAAUCGGUGAAGGGUAUUAGAGAUCAACUAUUAUCUGGUUCAAGGAUGGCAUCAGCCCGAGGCUUCGCCAGCCCUACACGCCAAUGGGGCCAACCAUGGCCCUCGCGAGAGUCCGGCAAUGGUGGACGCGAGAGGCCGAGUAUAGUGACACAGGGGAGUGAUUCGAGGGCGAGGCUAAUGGAAGGUCAGCAUCCAAGGCGUUCUAGGUAGUUAAAAACCAAAACAAUCCUAUCUUUUACUAAAUUUCUUCUGAAAUUGAUUGAUGCUCUUCACUCUGGUGGUGGUGGCUUCUUAAUUUUUAGAUCAAAUUUUCACUUUAAAAAGAAAAAAAGACUCUUGCCUGUUCUUUGAUUUUGCUUUUGUACAAAAACUUCUGGUGUUACUGAGCAAUAAUUAUAUGAUCUACGAGUAUCAAAAUUUUGGAGUUGCA